UGUUUUUUUUCCACCUUAUUAAAAUACACAGUGUGGGUUGAAAUCUGUAAACGCAUACUCAUCACGCUUUAGGUUGACAUGUCUGACAGAGAUUUUACUCUCCUUUUUUGCCUUUCUCUAACACUUCAACAUGUAUGCACUGGAUUCCAGGUGUGGACACUAUUGCAGUACAACAGCAAAGACAACAACUCAGUCAAUAUAAUAUGUCAACAUAAUGCACUGGAAAACUGGACUAUUCGUGCCGAAGUGCUCAUGAAUAAUGAAAACUUUUGCAAUGCAAAGCAAAACAACACAGCAUGUGAAAUGAGACAAGAAGGAAAACAGUUCAAUUUUACACUGAAAAUUACUGCUGAGCAAAGAAGACUUCCUUUUAAUUGUUUGGUUUACAAAAGUGGACCACUCCCCAUCCAAUUGAGAAAGGGAGAAGAAAUGAUGCUGUUCCCAGGAUGCGAUAUUCCACCUCCGAUACCUACGAACUCAAGCAAAUGCUUGGAUGUGGGCAGUGAUUGCGCUCAUACUGCUCUAGUCGGUUUACUCACCUGGGCUCUGAUUGGAUUUGUGCUUCUGCUGUUUCUCUACAGUUUCAUUAUUACUGUUGUUUAUAUCAAACUAAGGCUCGCGAUUUCUGAAGAGCUAACAUUAACCUAUGUUCCAAUGCAGCAAAAUUGGUUCAGACCCAAGAAGAAAGUGAAAGUGCAGGGAGCAGACAAGAAUGCAGAAUACAUGGAUAUGCGUAAGGUGCAUCACCAAGCACAACCCAUCAGAGACAUGAACCACAACUCUCGCCUGAAUCCUGUGGGCUUUAGUGUCUGAUGUUUCUGUAAUUAUUCAUAUGAGUAUUGAUUUUAUAACACAGAAGAGAAAACUGUAGCCUACAUUGCCUUCACCUGAAAGCAUAUUAUUGCUAUACCUUAAGACUGUAAUUUCGCUAUCUUGUGUCUUUGCUAUCUUGCUUCUAAGCUGAUACUGUUUAUCCAGCAAAUGUUAUGUUAUAUUAUGUUAUAAAAAUAUAUAAAUAUAUAAAAAUCA